AUGUCUUUGGCGCAGGGUUCGCCUCGACUACCCAGUCCACCACCUCCCGCCGAGAUUCAGAUCGGACCUAAAUCUCCAGGACUGGGCAGCACCGCAAGCCGUCAAGCACAACAGAUGGAACAGAGCAUGGCCGAAGCAAAUGCGAAACGGCGCAUACAUCCGGGCACCAAGUCUGAGGAUAUGGCUGCCGGGCCGCCUCUUAUUCCACUUGGCGAGCUUGACUCAGCCUUUCAACUUCAAGAACAUCUCGCAGCGCUUCACUACCACCAUACCGCCUCUAAUACGACACCCAUCACCCGAGCGGCUGCUUUGCAACUGGCUACGCCGCCGCCAGGCAUCGAUAGGACGCUAUGGCUCUACGAGCUCUGCCGUUUCCUCAUCGCCCAAUGUAAUAGUUUGAUAGUAGGCUUUCUCUUUGAUACGCCACCAUGUUCAUCCAUAACAUGCCCCGAGAUGCGAGCCUCCGAAUGGCAAUUUCUAUGUGCCGUCCAUGACCAACCAAAGAGCUGCUGUGCCAUCGACUACUGCUGCCAUACUCUCGAUUGGGCUGCGAACGUAGUCACCAACCCCAAGAUCUUUCCAAGCAGAUUUGUAGUGCUGUCGGAAGGGCAUGACAAGAGCUCAGUGCUGAAGAAUCUUAUCAAUGUGUUCCGCCGACUCCAUAGAAUAUUCGCCCAUGCGUGGUUCCAACACAGAGGGGUGUUCUGGUCGGUUGAAGCUCAGGCGGGCUUGUAUGCAUUCUUCAAAGCGGUCUGUGACAUGUAUGACCUUCUCCCUGCCGAGAACUACAAGCUCCCACCAGAAGCAGAAGGUCUGGAGCCGGCUGAGAAAGAAGAUAAGAAACCCGUAGUAACCGCCAUUGCGAAGCCACCGCAGCCGCCGCCGCCGCCGCCGCCGCAGCAGCAGCCGCAACAGCAACAGCAACAGCAGCACGAGAGCACCGAAAGUGAAGAUGAUCGAAAUGGUCUACAUGCUCGUAGAAGUAAUACGGCUAGACAUUCGAGCAGGCCGUCAACCGGUAGUUCCGUGACGACUGUUAUUGAAGAACGAGAAGAUGAGCAAGACGUUGCAAACAAACUCAAGAACAUGCACAUCUCAGGCCCCGAGAUAGUGGAAGAGGAGGAGUCCGGAGUCGAAGUACCUGUCAUUGUUGAAGGUGAAUUACUAGGAGAUCCUUCUAGCGUCCAGGAACUUGGAGUACCUCAAAUGUCUGAGCCCCAGGAGCAACAGGGUGGCGUGCAUUCUCAAGGUAUCAGGAUAGAAGUACAGGAGGAUGUGCCGGCAGAACCAGAGAUAUCUACGGAAAGCGAGGCAGUGGAGGCUGAGGGCAGCAAAGAAGUACCCCUGCUUGAACACGAGCAGGUAGUUGAGAACGAAGCACCUGCUCCGAGCAUAGAAAAGCAGGAAGAUGCGCCAGCAGAAGAAGAGCAGCAAGCCGAGCCAAGCACUGUUGAGGAACCUACACCAGAGACGGAAUCUACCGAAGCAGAUGCGGAGAAAGAGGAGACUGAGGAGGCGAAGAAAGAAAAGUCAAAUUCCAAGAAUCUAGGCACGGACUAG